UUUCUUUCUACUCAUGACGUUUUGGUCUCCAUGUUGCCAUGACUAAAGAAAAAGAAGUGGUAGAUAAAAGACAAAGACAUGCUUCUAUUCAACACCACUUUCUUGAGAAUAAUGAACUUUCAAGACAAGGCAAGUCUAUCUAUUCACAAACCAUGGAUUGAUCUUUUUCUAGGCCAUUUCUAUCAUCCAACACCUGCACCUGAAACAGUAGUAGUUCAUUCAGUACCUAAAAAGACAAAUGAUGCUUGUUGUUGGGGAUGGUAAACUUUUUUUUUUUUUCAUUUCACUGAUAUACUUGACAAGUGCUGCUGCUCUCUGCUUAUGUUUUGGCCUAGAAGAAUGUUGCUCUCAUUCAUGAAGCAUGGAUUAUCUCUCUUUUUUUUUUUUUUUAUUUUGGAAGCAUGCGAUUGGUGUUUGCGUAUAAUUAAAGAGAUUGGUUUAUUUGGAAACAAGGGUUCGUGUCCACGUUCAAAAAUGGCAGAAAAGUCUUUAAAAUCAUUCGUUCGCACACAAUUUAUUAAAUUGUUCUUUUUUUUCUCUCUCUUUUUAUUUUAUUUUAUUUUAUUUUUUCAUGUCAAUAUGGCCUCACAAACAAUGGAACAAAAAGACU